AACAAACAACAAUGGCCCCUCCCCCUCACUAGUAUCUACACAACCAGCCCAGCCCACCACCGUCACUCUCUCUCUCUCUACAUUUUGCAAUAUAUAUAUUCUGCUUCCUGGGUUCCCUCCACGCGAGAUAAAGAAAGGGGGCGACAUUGAGAAGAGAGAGGGAUAGAGAGUCUACCACUCUGUGAACAGAGUGGAGAGAGGCGAGAGGAGGAAGAAAAAUGGGAACUGGCCCAGAAAUUUCCAGGAUGAUGUUGAUUUUUUUCUUGGGUCUGGUUCUGGGUUCUGAGCUGAUCCAGUGUAGCGUCACAUACGACAGGAAGGCCAUUGUCAUCAAUGGCCGGAGGCGAAUUCUCAUCUCCGGUUCCAUACAUUACCCCAGAAGCACACCCGAUAUGUGGGAGGACUUGGUGCAGAAGGCCAAGGCAGGGGGCCUGGAUAUGGUUGACACCUACGUUUUCUGGAAUGGUCAUGAGCCUAAUCCCGGACAAUACGUUUUCGAAGGCAGAUACGAUUUGGUGAGGUUCAUAAAGACGGUCCAGAAAGCAGGGCUCUAUGUUAAUCUUCGUAUUGGUCCAUACAUUUGUGCUGAGUGGAAUUUUGGGGGAUUUCCUGUUUGGCUAAAAUUUGUCCCAGGCAUCAGCUUCAGAACGGACAAUGAGCCUUUCAAGAUGGCAAUGCAGCGGUUCACGGAAAAGAUUGUCACACUGAUGAAGAGUAACAAUUUAUAUGCUUCCCAGGGUGGCCCAAUUGUCCUCUCUCAGAUUGAGAAUGAGUAUGGGCAGCUGGCGAAGCUACUUGGACCUGCUGGCUAUAACUACAUGACAUGGGCUGCCAAUAUGGCUGUUGGAAUGGGAACUGGUGUCCCUUGGAUAAUGUGCAAGGAAGAUGACGCCCCAGAUCCUGUGAUAAAUACGUGUAAUGGUUUCUACUGUGACACAUUUUCGCCAAACAGGCCUUACAAGCCAACAAUGUGGACAGAGGCAUGGACUGGAUGGUUUUCUCAGUUUGGUGGACCACACAGUAGGCGGCCAGUUCAGGAUUUGGCAUUUGCAGUUGCUAGGUUCAUAAAAAGGGGAGGAUCAUUGGUUAAUUAUUACAUGUACCAUGGGGGGACAAAUUUUGGACGCACUGCCGGAGGACCUUUCGUCACUACCAGCUAUGACUAUGAUGCUCCUAUUGAUGAAUAUGGUUUGGUCAGGCAACCAAAAUAUGAUCAUUUAAAGGACCUUCACAGGGCUAUUAAGAUGUGUGAGCAAGCUUUAGUUUCAGCAGAUCCUGUUGUUACUCUUUCAGGGAACUAUCAGCAGGUUCACGUAUUUUCUUCGGGAGGAUCUUGUGCAGCUUUUAUCUCAAACUAUGAUACAGAGUCUUCUGCAUCAGUGUUUUUUAAUAACAAAAACUAUAAAUUGCCUCCUCGAUCCAUCAGCAUCCUUCCUGAUUGCAGGAAUGUGGUGUUCAAUACUGCAAAAGUUGGUGCUCAAACUUCGCAUGUGAGAAUGUCGCCAAUAAAUUCUGUAAAGCUGAUGUGGGAGACAUAUGCUGAAGAUGUUUCUUCUCUGGAUGACAGCUUGACUACCCUCACUGCUCCUGGUCUUUUGGAGCAGAUAAAUGUGACAAGGGAUACAAGUGAUUAUCUGUGGUACAAGACUAGUGUCAAUAUCCGUUCCUCAGAAUCAUUCUUGCGUGGGGGAGAACUUCCCACUCUCAUAGUACAGUCAACAGGUCCUGCCUUGCAUGUCUUCAUAAAUGGACGGCUUUCAGGGUCUGUCUUUGGGACGAGGCAACAAAAGAAGUUCACAUUUACAGGAAAGGUCAACCUUCAUGCUGGAAAGAACACAAUUGCACUGCUGAGUGUGGCUGUUGGAUUGCCAAAUGUGGGAAGGCAUUUUGAGACAUGGAAUACUGGAAUCCUAGGUCCAGUUGCACUGCAUGGACUUGACGAAGGAAAGUGGGACUUAUCUUGGGAGAAAUGGACCUACCAGGUUGGACUGCAAGGAGAGUCCAUGAAUUUAGGUUCCCCAGCUAGUUUUUCUUCUGUUGACUGGUUGCAGAGUUCGUUAGCUACACAGAAACAGCAGCCACUGACAUGGCACAAGGCUUAUUUCAAUACUCCAGAGGGGGAUCACCCGUUGGGGUUGGACAUGAGGGGCAUGGGAAAGGGUCAAAUGUGGAUCAAUGGCCAGAGUAUUGGAAGAUAUUCAACUGCAAUUGCCACUGGUGAUUGCGAGAGUUGUAGUUAUCGUACCAACUACCGCCCUGAUAAGUGUCAGAGGGGUUGUGGCAAAUCAACCCAGAGAUGGUACCAUGUGCCUCGUUCUUGGUUAAAUCCGUCACAAAAUUUGCUGGUAAUUUUUGAGGAACUAGGAGGGAAUCCCUCCCGGAUUUCUCUUGCAAAGAGAAUGGUAACAAGCGUUUGUGCAGAAGUCAGCGAGGUCCACCCAACCAUUAGGAACUGGCAAAACACAAGCUAUACAGAAUCAGAAAAUCUGCGCACCACCAGGGCAAAGGUUCGCCUUCGGUGUGGUCAUUUCCAGUCAAUUUCUUCCAUUAAAUUUGCAAGCUAUGGAACUCCAGUAGGAACUUGUGGGAGUUUCAGGCAAGGAGUUUGCCAUGCUUCUACCUCCCAUCACAUCUUAGAGAAGAAUUGUAUAGGGAGGCAGCGAUGCUCGGUGUCGAUAUCCAGCAAUAACUUUGAGCAAGACCCAUGUCCAAAUAUGCAGAAACGGUUAGCAGUGGAGGCUGUUUGUGCCCCUUGACUUCCAAAAUCACUGCUCAAGCCAAGUCAAACGACGGGGGUACAUGGUCAUAGGGCAUUGUUUUUUUAACCACAAAACCAGUAAGAGAAGCCAGGAAGGAAUUGAAGAAGAGGAGAAAAUGCAGGAAAACAGUUAACUUGGAUUGGUCAAAUGCUAUUUGUUAUUUAUUAGUGUGUGGGUGGGUGUUAAUUUAAAGUGGAGUGAAGGGUUUGUGUAAAUUAGGAAUUCUUUGAUGAGGAGAAAGUCUGCAGAACCCAGGGGUUCUCUGCAUUGCAAGCUCCACAGUGAUUUCAAGCCCGCCUCCUCGGCCUUUUAUCCGGAGAUGGGCACACUGGGAAAUGCAAGUUUAUUUUAGUUUUAUUUUAUUUGAGUGAAUAUUGUGUUUGUAAUUCUGGGAAAAAUCAGACCCCGGUUACAUUUACGAGUGCCUGGGAGCGGAUCCUGGUAUAAUUUAUGAAAUGUUUAGGGAAAUAGUGUCUUCUGUUUACUCAUCGGAAUAACACAUAGCAAUCUUAUCAUCUA